CGCCCGUCCGAUCCCACGCGAGCUCGUCCGUGCCAAAACAAAAACCUAGGCACGCGGCCGCACACGAGCGAAACCCUAACACGCCCCGAGCCCCCUUCCCCCUUCACACGGACCCGAGCCCCCGCUCCGGCGCCGCCGCCGGGAUCCGCCGCCGCUCGCCGGAGAGCCCCGCGGCGCCGGAUCUCCUGCGCCGCCUCGCCCGCCGGAGCCGCGGCGGUCUCCCGUGGUGCGGCGCCUCCCGCUCCGCGACGAGGGCUCUUCUUCUUCUCCUCCUCCUCCUUCGGAGCAGCGGCGAGGGAGAGGAGCUCUUGGUUUUGGCUCGGAUUCGCCCUAAAUCUUAACUCGAAUUCGAUUUACGUGAGGAGUGGAUCGCGUUUUGGACUCUUAUCCAGCUAAGAUCCGGAUGAAAUCGGUGUCGUUCUAUGAUCCGUGGAGCUAUAAUCGUGCGGGUGAAGCAUGGAUCUACGUGUAAACGCUGAAACGGGGGGUAGAUUUAGAUUCAGCUAGUGUUUUAGCUCAAACACCGCAAUCGGAGUAGCAAGAGACUGAGAUCGCAGAAAUGGCGCGGGAGAUGGAGAAGUUGGGGGGAGGAGGAGGAGGAGUACCGAGCGAGGACGACGACGACGACGAGGAGAUGGAGGUGAAGGAGGAGGAGGAGGAGGACGACGACGACGGCGGCGGCGGCGACGACCUCGACGACGAUGCGGUGGCGAUGAAGCGCGGCAUGGCGAUCGCCCGCGCCGACGAAGCCGCCGCCGCCGCGGUUAGGGUUUACGGCGGGCGGUACUUCGAGGCGGCGCCGCCGCGUGCGGCGGCGGCGGCGGAGGAGGGGGAGGUGGUGGUGGUGGGGGGAAUGGGGGGUGUGGGGGGAGGAGGGAGGAGGAGUAGGGGGAGGGAGGAGAAGGAGAGGACGAAGCUGCGGGAGCGGCACCGGAGGGCGAUAACCGCGAGGAUCCUCGCGGGGCUGCGCCGCCACGGCAAUUAUAACCUGCGCGUUCGCGCCGACAUCAACGAAGUCAUCGCCGCCCUCGCCCGCGAAGCCGGCUGGGUCGUCCUCCCCGACGGCACCACCUUCCCCUCCUCCUCCUCCUCCUCCCACUCUCACUCUCACUCUCACUCUCACUCUCACUCUCAGGCCGCGAGACUCGCCGGAGCCGGAGAAGGAGCCCCUCCGGCGACGGCGCCGCCUCUGCGCGGCGUCUCCCCCGCCGGCGCCAGCUUCCGCACCCUCGACUACCGCACCGGUCGCCUCCGCGGCGUCUUCACCCCCUCCCCCUCUCCCUCACCCUCCCCCUCCUCCUCCUCCUUCCUCCCGCGCUGCGUCCCCAUCCGGAGCCCCGCCGACGACCUCCUCCUCUCCGGCGACAACAAACAGCAGGGGAUGGAUGCGCGUGGGAGGGCUCUGGUGCCAGAUCGUGAAUAUGUCGGCACGCCGUGCAUCCCCGUAUACGUGAUGCUGCCUCUUGGAGUGAUCAACAUGAAGUGCGAGAUGGCCGAUCCGGAGGGUCUGGUGAAGUAUCUGGAGGAGUUGAAAUCCAUCAACGUUGAUGGGGUGAUGGUCGACUGCUGGUGGGGGAUCGUCGAAGCACAUUCGCCGGGGAAGUACAACUGGGACGGUUAUAAGGAGCUGUUUCGGAUUGUGAGCGAGAUGAAGCUCAAGUUGCAGGCAGUUAUGUCGUUUCAUGAAUGCGGUGGUAAUGUCGGUGACGAUGUUACAAUUCCUCUACCCAGUUGGGUGAUAGAAAUCGGCAACAGCAAUCAAGACAUUUAUUUCACAGAUAGGGAAGGAAGGCGCAACACUGAGUGCCUUUCCUGGGGCAUUGACAAGGAAAGAGUACUAAAAGGCCGAACGGCACUUGAGGUCUACUUUGACUAUAUGAGAAGCUUUCGAGUAGAAUUCAACCAGUUCUUUGAAAAUGGCGUCAUCUCAGAUGUUGAAAUUGGAUUAGGACCUUGUGGGGAGCUACGCUAUCCAUCUUAUCCAGCAAAGAAUGGAUGGAGAUAUCCUGGCAUUGGGGAAUUUCAGUGUUAUGAUAAGUACUUGAUGAGAAGUCUGAGAAAGGCAGCAGAAGCUCGGGGCCACACUUUCUGGGCAACAGGACCAGAUAAUGCAGGGACAUAUACUUCUCAGCCUCAUGAAACUGAAUUUUUUUCCGAUGGAGGAAGUUAUGAUAGUUAUUAUGGUAGGUUCUUUCUUGGUUGGUACUCUCAAGUGUUGGUCGAUCAUGCCGAUCGUGUACUGUCACUGGCCAAGUUGGCUUUUGAGGGCUCACAAAUUGCCGCAAAGAUAUCUGGUGUGCAUUGGUGGUACAAAACCGCCAGUCAUGCUGCUGAAUUGACUGCUGGGUUUUAUAACCCAUGCAACCGUGAUGGUUAUGCCGCAAUCGCUGCUGUUUUAAAGAAGCAUGGUGUGGCUUUAAAUUUCACAUGUGUUGAAUUGCGUACUUUGGACCAUAACAUGGACUACCCUGAUGCUAUGGCAGAUCCAGAGGGUUUAGUAUGGCAGGUUGUGAAUGCUGCAUGGGAUGCUGGUAUACUGGUGGCUAGUGAAAAUGCUCUUCCAUGCUAUGACAGAGAUGGAUACAACAAGAUAUUGGAAAAUGCUAAGCCGUUGGAUGAUCCAGAUGGACGGCAUUUGAUAGCUUUUACUUAUCUUAGGCUUAGCCCCACUCUCUUGGAGAGACAGAACUUCUUAGAAUUCGAGCGCUUUGUCAAGCAGAUGCAUGGCGAAGCAGUUCUUGAUAUCCUGGUAUAGAUUUUAAAAAUGCAACAGGAGAGUCAUUUACUUUUCUUGAUAUUUAUCAGAGGUUUUCUUUUUUCCUUCUUGAGGGGCUUCGCCUCCCGAUCUUUAAAGAAAAUUUCACUCAUAGUACAGCAUAGGUCUCAUUUUAGCAUCUUGCAACUGCUCUUCUUCUUUAGGAAAAUACAUCAUCAGUGUUCUAUGAUCUCAUUUGCGAAAGUUGUCGCAACUCUUGCUAAUCUUGUAAAUUUCCACUUAGCUUCAAUUCGGAAUCUGAAACUUAUUCCUUUCUAGGAAGAGCCUGGAGCUUUUUCAGAUUUUAGCUCUCUUGUUCUUCUCUUGUGAAAAACUUACUGUGCUAAUGGAGUAACAGCUGUUGUACAAAGCACCUUUCACUCCAAAGAACCUUUCACUCCAAAGAUGGUAUUUGUGUUCAUUGUGUACUCAUCUUGAAUCUGUUAUUCAUUUAUGUAUUCUGUGUAAGAUGUAAGACACAGAAUAAAGAGAAAAUUUCUCAUGUAUUUACUUUUUUCUUUUUGAACCUUA